AUGGCCGCCAACGUUAUUGAACUGCGUCUUCCUGUCGACCAACCACCUCCGGAGCAGGUCCCGUAUCAGCUACAGAGUUUCAUUUCCAAGGAUGCAUGGCAAGCCAGAAUCCGAGCGGUCGUGCGUAAAGGUUCUCGCUACAUCAAGCCAGGCUUCGACAUGGUGUGGGCUAUAAUCACCUUCAUCGCCACAUUGGCUGUCCCCAUUGGCAUGUAUUAUGUCGCCUUGCAUCUUCUCCCAGGUGAAAACGAAGUUGAGUUCGAUUACUGGCCUUAUGGCUGGGAUGAUACUGGCCGAAUUUGGAAGGCACGGGGAAUCAGCAUCGCCAGUUUCUUUGCUGUUCUCCUCCUGAUGUGGAUACCCAUGUUCCUCUGGAAGCUUUCUGGAAAGUCGCAAGUGAACAAGAUGCUUCAGCGCUUUGAGGCAGAGGAUCGUUCUGUCAAGCCCGAUGUGGAACUUCCCACGUACAGAAUCUCCAUGCCUGGCAUCGGUGUCAACGCAAUCAAAUUAAACAUUACCGUCCCAAGUUCUACAGCACCAACAUCCUUCCAGUUCAACUCUCAGCUUCCUCCUUAUCUCGUCAAUGGACCCGCUGACCCGACGGCAGCAGCGUACGGCUAUGGUCAGGCGCCUCCCGUGCCCGUACAAGGACUACCGCUGUACAACCAAUUUGACGAGAAGAUCCCGACCUACUCGGGACCUCCGCCUGGCCUGUACCUGUCUCCGGAAGAGAAGCAGGAGCAUUGCAACUGCGUGUACUACCAAGACUGGCAUCGCAGCAAACGCCCUAGAGUCGCUGUAGAGGGUGGUGGCCUCUUACCCGCAGUGUCUGCAGCUGUCUACCCUCGUCAGGAAGAGGCCGUCAUCGACACUACGUCCGUUCUCAGUAAUCCUAAGAACACGUUAUCUUCCGCUUCGGGUGUCCUCGUUGCGGUGAACGACGAAGCUCCCCGCACACCACUUCCGGCUCCGCGACCGCAAUCACCCCCGGCUCUGCAGCAACCCGCUUCAGCAGGUCUGCCGUUCGACGAAGAGGCAAAACUUGUCUAUGGAGUUGUCUUGUCCCUUCGAAACAUGGUGAAGAAGCUUUCUGGCAAAGAUGAGCAGUUCGUGAAUUACCGCACAUCCGCGUACAAACUCCAUCUGUACGAGACGCUGUCGGGGUACAAAUUCGUGAUGCUGAGUGAUCCCGCCGUCGAGUCGCUGCGGUUUGUCCUACGCCAAAUCUAUUCAGGGCCCUUUUUGGAGUAUGUGGUCCGCAACCCGCUCGUCAACAUGGACUCACGGGAGCAUGGCAUUGAUAACGAAUACUUCCGUACUAGCACAGAUAGAAUGAUCAAGGGUCUCACCUUUUUUGAAUGA